CGAAACAACAGGAGUCGCGGGCUGAGGACCGUCAUAAGAUAGGGGCGGAGCAGGGGGCAGCGCGUCCCGAUGCCCGGAUGUGCGGAGAUUCUAUCCUCUUGCUUCUGCUUUCCCGAGGCUGCAGGCUUCGCGGUGACAUGUAAUGCCUUGUCUACAACCAAUUUAUAAGGAAUGGUUUUGGCACAGCUUGAUAAGUUACUUAUUCUGAAACAUCGAUUGCUUCUUAUAAUUUAUCUGUAAAAAUGGCAGCUCAUAAAAGGAAAUCUGCAAUAGCAGAACCUUCUGCUAAACGUCGGAAGCUAAAUAAGAACAGCAAAUCAUCAACAAAGAAAGAGAGAGAGGUGUCAGCUGUGAAACAUGUCUUAAAUAAAUCAAAGCCAAAUAAAAGUGCAGUACAGAAGAAAGCAGUGCUUAAAAUCUUGGUCAAACCCAACAGGUCAGUGGUAAAUAAAGCCAUCAAUAAUUGUGCUAGGCUGUCCUCCCAUUCUAAACUAGUGCAGAAACAUUCCAAGCAGAAAGAUCGUCAAAUAAAGAAAAGAUCCAGUAAAACAGUACCUAUGAAAAGAUCAUCCCUAAAAUCACUAAGUAGGGUAUCUACUACAAAAACAUCCUCCAGAUCUUCAAAAAUUAACCAUGCUACCUUCUUGAAAUCUACAAAACCUUCCUCCAAAACAGAUCCUGAAGGGAAGGACAAGCGUUCUUUGCAAACCAAAGUUGCAGUGGAAAGCAAGAGACAACAGCAAUUAAAAUCAACUUCAGAUAUUAAAAAGCAUUCAUCCAAAUCCCAAAGUAUUAGGCAAUCUGUCUUGCUGUCUGUAAAAUCUUUAAAUGAAACUACACUUAGGAGCAAAUGUGUGGAAAUGAAAUCUGCAGAAAAUAAUUCUAAAAGUCCUAAAGUUGUAAAAAGUACAGAUAAAAAUGUAGGGAUACAAGUUCAGAGUUCUAAAAAGGUUCUUGCAAAAAAGUCAACUUCUCAAGAUGUUGAACGACAAACGAUUACAUCUUUGAGUGACAACAAAUGUGAACCUGAAUUAGGUAUGCGCAUGAUGACAAGAUCAGGUACAAAUAAUAAAAUUACUGUCCAAGAACAACCAAAAGCCACAAAAAAUAAGGCAGUGCCUCAGAAGAAGUCAGUUCAAGAAAUUCCUAGGCCAAGAUGCAUCAUCCCAAAUGAUCAGCUAAUCAGGCGGUCACAUAGAUUGCAGCAGUUAUCAGAUAUGCCUGCAAGAUCCCUUCGUAAUAGAGAAAUUAAAGAAGGAAAAACUUCAGGAAAAACUUCAGAAGUGAAACAGGGUAUUCAAACAAAAGGAUGUAUUCAGGGUACUAGAGUUGAAACAGUUAAAUCUGUUAAGCGGAAAUCAGAACAGAAAAAUAAGAAAACAAAAUCUAAUUUUGUAAGUGGAAAUGAAGAAAUAACUAUAGGAAUAACCAAUUCUCUUCCAGAGAAAAAAUGUAAAAUGGACCAUAAAAUCAAAGAUUCCAACAGUUCUCAACAUAGCCUGAGAGGCUCUAGAUUAUUUUUUGAUGAUAAAGUAGAAAUGGUAAGUCCUCUUCAACCAACUUCUGUGAUAACAAAUAAGGAGAAACAAACAGUGCAUCAGAAUGUGAAAAGCAGUGUAAAAACAGAGACAGUUUCACAGCCACCUGUAAAUGAAAGAGAUUUAGCCCAUCGGCUGGAGAAUGUAGUGAAGUCUAAACGGGUAAGCAUUCUGGAACUCUGUGAAGAAAUUGCAGGUGAAAUUGAGUCAGAUACUGUAGAAGUGAAAAGAGAUUGUCCCAACACUGAAUGUAGAAAAGGAGAAGAGAGACAUGCAGAAACACAGCUGCCGCAGACGGUAAUGCUUAAUCAGAAGGAACCAAAUCAGAGCACUCAGUGCAAGCGUUUUUUCCCCAGCAAAAAAGGAAUACCUGUCAAAUGUAUUCUGAAUGGCAGAAAUAAUCCUACAAACAAAAACUCUAAGUGGACCAAAAUUAAACUAAUGAAAGCUAAUAAAAUGCAUCAAAAUAAAUUAAACUCUGCAAGUGUUCCCAAGCUGGAUUUGUUAACAACUAAAACUGAAGUUCCAGAGUCAAGUCAAGCAGCAGGUGCAGAAAUACUGCUUUCAAAGGCCCAAGAUAAACUGUCAAUGACAAAGCCAUGUGAGGAUAAAAGUACAACUCAUGUACAGGAGAAAUUGGGAGCAGUUUCUUCUGAGACAGUCAGAGCUAAAGAUGUGACACCAGAAACAAAGCAACCCACAAAAAGAGUUGCUGAAAAUGGUUUGUUGGAUAAUCAGACAAAACAUGUUCCUGAGCCAACACCAGAUGAGAGUUUUAGCUUGCGUUUGGAAACAAGUCCAGAAAACACUCCAGUGAAAAGUACUACAGCAGCACCAUCUCCACCUAAGCAAGCCAAAAAGGAGAUAGACAGUGAAUCUCAAGGUUCGGCUCUCAAGCACUUGAUGCGCACAUCAUUCACAAAUCAGACCUCUGAUACUCUUAAGAGGGUGUCUCUGCCAAACCAUUCAUUAGCAUCAAGGUGUGGUAGCUUCCUGUCAUCAGAGCAGCAUAAUCAAAAACUAAAAGAAGCAGGAAAAGAUGACAAACAACUGAUCAUAGAUGCAGGACAGAAAAGAUUUGGAGCUGUUUCCUGUAAUAUUUGUGGAAUGCUUUACACUGCAUCAAAUCCAGAGGAUGAAACUCAACAUCUGCUCUUCCACAACCAAUUCAUAAGUGCUGUAAAAUAUGUGGGGUGGAAGAAAGAGAGAAUUUUGGCUGAAUAUCCUGAUGGCAAGAUAAUAAUGGUUCUUCCUGAUGAUCCAAAGUAUGCACUUAAAAAGGUUGAAGAGAUUAGAGAGAUGGUAGACAAUGAUCUGGGGUUCCAACAGGCUCCACUCAAGUGCUAUUCUAGAACAAAGACACUUCUCUUUAUUUCUAAUGACAAAAAGGUGGCUGGUUGUUUAAUUGCAGAACAUAUCCAGUCGGGCUAUAGAGUUAUAGAAGAGAAGAUUCCAGAAGCUAGCUCAGAAAAUGAGAAAAUCAUAUUUGAACGACAAAAAGCCUGGUGCUGCUCAACAUCUCCUGAGCCAGCUAUCUGUGGAAUUAGUCGAAUCUGGGUGUUCAGUAUGAUGCGUCGGAAGAAAAUAGCUUCUCGGAUGAUAGAGUGUCUUAGGAGUAAUUUUAUCUAUGGCUCAUACUUAAGGAAAGAAGAAAUUGCUUUCUCUGACCCCACUCCUGAUGGAAAACUCUUUGCAACUCAGUACUGUGGCACUAGCCAGUUCCUGGUAUAUAACUUUGUCAAUGGACAGUAUCAUACUUAGUGCAAUUUCUUCAGCAAAAGGUACUGGGAGACUUCUGCUAACAAAUACUGUUUGAGUGCAGACCUGAACAGGAGCCAUUUUUUUAUUACAACAAACUCAGGACUGGUAACAACUAAAAGGUUGUACUAUUUUAUUAAAAAAAAUGUAAAUUGUGCAGUAAUAGGCUAACUUUGUUUUUUAAAGAAGAUAUUUUGCUAUCUUUUACAGAAGUUUAUGAUGUAUUUUUAUCUAUAGUCAUGUUUUACAUGCAGCAGAUAUUGUUCAUAGUGGACUGUAAACUAAUGCAAGAACUAUGAUCUCACUGAGUACAUACUGAAGUUCUUAAUGUGGUAAUAUACCAGUGUUGCUUGGCACUGCAAGCUUUAGUAUUUUACCAGUUCUAGAUGUUUAGUAAGGUAUUUAAAAGAUCAUUUAUCAAAAUUUAAAACUGUGCUCAAUUAGAAUUUAAGUAUUUAUAAGCAAUAGACUUGACAGAUUAGAUGGUUCUACUAUGCAUUAAUAUAAGGUAACAGAUUAAAUUAACUUUAAUUUUUCAUUGAUAUGAAUAAAGAAGUUAUGCAUUAUGCAAAAGGAAUAUUUAGCACUAGUUUGUGAAAGAUGAAUUUGAAAAACAAAACAGGUGUAUGCUGCACCAUUCUUCAAAAAUGCUGAACUGGGUAUAUGCCUUUAUUAGUGGACUUCACUUUGUACCUCCUCUAUAAAGCCCUCCACUUUAAAGGGUUUAUAAGGCGAAAAACUGCUGUGGCCUUUUUCCAUCUGUACAUAAUGUAGAUUAAAAAAUAAAGUUUUUGAUAGCUUCCCUUCAGCCUCCCCCCCC